AAUACAAUAGGCAAGCAUUCGAUGACGAACUCUUUCGGGAAUUUGCCAGCGAAAUAACGUCCUCGCCGAGUCGUUCCUAAGACAAAAACAAUGUCUGUUUUUCAAGUGUUAUCGUUGCUGACAAAGUAAAGCUCAUCUCUUAUAUUUUUCCCAACAAAUCGUAUCAUCUUAUCUGAGCCUCCAACCAUAUUUUUGGCCCAGAAUUCCAGGGGUAAGUGAUGAAUGGAUUCUUGUUCUUUGUUCAAAUUUUGUAGCUUUGAAGUGAGAACCAAUGGGGAGUGCUUCAUCCAUGCUAACUCAGUAUGACAUUGAAGAAGUACAGGAACACUGCAAUGAUUUGUUUUCUCAGCAAGAAAUUGUAUCCUUAUAUCAAAGAUUUUGUCAACUUGAUCGGAAUGCAAAGGGUUUUAUCUCAGCUGAUGAAUUCUUGUCGGUCCCCGAGUUUGCAAUGAAUCCACUCUCUCAGAGGUUGCUUAAGAUGGUGGAUGGUUUGAAUUUUAAGGACUUUGUGGCUUUCUUGUCUGCAUUUAGUGCUAGAGCGAGUACGCAGCAGAAAAGUGAACGUAAGUUAUCUGAUCCCACUAAGCUUAAUAUUUUAUAGUGAACUGGUUCUUUUACGAUUGUGAAAUGUAUUUGGCUUAUUUUGAGUUGAACUCAGAUACUAUGUUCUAGAUGAGUUAUUUUAUGUUCUAAGUGGGUAAAGCUAGUGGCUAGUGUAUUCUGUGUGGAUUAUUGAUAUCUGUUCAAAUGGGUGCAACUCUGUAAAUUUUUAUUUUUAUAUUUUAUGCCAAAAGAACCCGACUUUUUUUAUUUUCUGAGAAGGAACAAAAUUUUAUUAAUACUGACAAAAAUUGCAUCCCUGUGUACAAGGAGUCCACUUAGAAGACAAGCAGGAAGCAAAAUAACUCUGCAGUUGUUGAAA